AGGAGUGUAGUCUUUGAAGUGUAGUUUUCUCACAGUGGAGCAGGCGUUCAAGGUGAAAAUCUGCCUGGGCCUCCCCACAAAGUGUAUACGGUCUGCAUGAGGAGGACUUGAGUUCAUUUGGAGCAUUAAAGUGGGAUGCAGACAGCUGGUAAACUCAUGAAGGUGUUCGUGACGAGGCGCAUCCCGCAGGAGGGGAUGAAGAUCCUGUCCGCGGCUGGAGUCUGUGAGGUGUCUCUGUGGGACUCAGAUGAACCUGUGCAGAGGACAGACCUUCUCAAAGGUGUGCAGGGGGCCCAUGGUCUCCUGUGCAUGCUGUCAGACAAGAUCGAUGCUGAGGUUCUGGAUGCUGCAGGGCCAAACUUGAAAGUAAUCAGCACCUUGUCAGUUGGAUUUGACCACUUGGCUAUUGAUGAAAUUAAAAAACGCGGUAUACGUGUUGGAUACACUCCAGAUGUCCUGACAGACGCCACAGCAGAGCUGACCGUCGCUCUGCUGCUGGCCACAGCUCGCAGGUUACCAGAGGGAGUGGAGGAGGUCAAAAACGGAGGCUGGAGCUCGUGGAAGCCUCUCUGGCUGUGUGGUUAUGGUCUCUCUGGCAGCACAGUCGGAGUCAUUGGACUGGGACGAAUCGGGAUGGCCAUUGCUCGGAGACUCAUGCCCUUCGGAGUCAAGAGGCUGCUGUACUCUGGGAGAACAGCCAAGGCCAGCGCUGCUGAGGUGAAUGGAGAGUUUGUUCCCCUGGACACACUUGUGUCUGAGAGCGACUUCAUAGUUGUUUCCUGCUCUCUGACUCCUGAAACCCAGGGUCUGUGUAACAAGGCCUUCUUCAGCAAGAUGAAAAACACAGCGGUCUUCGUCAACACAAGCAGGGGAGCUGUGGUGAACCAGGAGGAUCUGUACGAGGCUUUGAGCAGUGGACAGAUAGCUGCAGCCGGACUUGAUGUCACAACACCUGAGCCACUCCCUACAAACCACCCUCUUCUGACACUUAAAAACUGUGUGGUGUUGCCACACAUUGGCAGUGCCACCUAUUCCACAAGAGGCAUCAUGGGAGCUUUGUCGGCUCAAAACCUGCUGGGAGGUUUACAGGGCACAGACAUGCCCAGUGAACUCAUCCUCUAACGCCUGGAACUGAGCCGCUGUGCCUCCUCUGGUGCUGCUUGUAUAACAGAUAACGGUAACGUGCUGCUUUGGUAAUAGUCUCCUGUGUGAGAUCAAAGUGGAGAAGGGGUGAAAAAAGGAGAAUACUAAUGUAGUUCAGACAAGUUUAGAUAACUGUUUACAUCGUGUCAGUGCAUUUGAUUGUGUCACAACUACUAAUGAGUUGCACUUUUAAUAUACAGUGUGCAUUUUUGAGGAAGGAAAUACUUGGUGCAAGGUUUUGACAUUUCAGAAAUGUAUUUAAACUCUUGAAAAAGAGUAUAACACACAAACUGGAAGCGCUUAACAUUAGUCCUUAGAAAAACACUACACAUGUUUAGCAUUGUGGGGAGAAUUUAGUUGAAUUACAAAAAGCUUUUUUUCAUUUGUAUUUACAAUGACUCCUUGGAAAAAGUAUUGGUGGCUGGUUCGCCCUCUCUCACUAAAUAUAAUGCUUGCCAUAAAGAUCAACAUUUUACUUCUUGGUCUGCACUUUAUUGAGAUGUUCAAGGAAUACUUCAACAACAAAAUAAAAUGUUGUAUAUCAGUUAGUCAUGCCAUGUCACCUUGAAUUUGUGAAGAAAACUUUUUCUUACAUGCUGCCACAAAAAACAGUGAAGAUAUUGAUUUUUUUAAUUGAUUGGGGUCCUUGUUUAACAACAGCAAAACUAUAUCAAAACAUCCAUUUACCAAUUCUCACACAACUCGUGCAAUAUAAUCCAAGACAUAUUUAUCCGGGCGUACACUCAGUUCAGUACAAAACAUGCAUUUUUAAUAAAAAUCUUAUUAUUGGAGUCUGUUUUCGAGGAGAGCACAGAUGAGUUUCACUUUCAGUUCAGUUUUAAAUAGAAGUGUUUCAGUGAAAAUGCAUACUUUUGGAAGUACCAAGCAUG